ACGGGCGUCUGUCCAUGGUACUGAAGGUUGAACUCGGAACUGUCCACGCAAGUGUUUUCUCUCCGAGGUACUGAGUUGGUGCGAGUCACUGGGUCUUUCUUGCCGGGCUGGCCGGGGGAUGGAGGCCAAGUUCUAGAGGCACGCUCGAGCGCUCCAUAAAACGUCGCCACGAGAAGCUGGCGAUGUCGACGAGGAGGGGGAGGGGAGGGCAUUAGUCUGAACCUAAGAUGAGCCAAGACACGACAGAGACAGGAACACGAACCCGCUCCAAAGGCAUUCGAGGUCAAUAUUGAGCUUUUUUUGAAUAUCACAUUUGCCCUAUUGUCAGAACUCUCAAGACAUGACAUGAAGCAUGAGCUGAGCAGUUGUCCAACCCCUGGGUGUGAUGGCAAAGGUCAUGUCAGUGGAAGAUACUCAAGGCAUAGAAGUACACUGGGAUGUCCAACCGUGAAGAAGAGAAAGCUGGAGGAGGCAGAAGCUGAGGAGAACCAGUCUUCCCCCAAGAAAAAGGGUCCAACCGCCUUAAUGGAGGCAGAAGACUUUGCCAUACACAACGAAGAGGACGAGGAAGAGAAGGAGCAAAAACAGGAGAAAGAAGAGGACAACCUCAAAGAAGAGGAAACUACAAACAGCAGACCAGAGUCAAUAAAAAACAACGACUGCCUAUUGAUAAAAGAAGACACAGUUGUAGCGGAAACAGUUGUUUGUGCUACAACUAAAGAUGAAGAGAAUAUCAACUUGGAGAAAUUGGCAAGAGAAGAACAACUGUCUGAUGACGAUCAAAAGAAAACGGAUACUACUCCGGAAAACAAAGUCAGACAAGAGACAGCAGAGCGCCCUCAAAGAGACUUUGAGAGAACUGAGAUUGAGCAGGCAAAAGACAACGAUGAUGAAGAAGAAGCAGAAGAGCAGGUUGAAAAAACAAAUGGUUUUAUAGGGGACAGGGAAGUGGAAAGACAGACAAUAAGCCAGGAAAACUCUGAUCACCAGUAUUCCACUGGACAUUACAUCCAUCAUAAGGUCAAUGAGUCAACACAGGAACAGAGAAACAGAGAGCAGAAAGAAGAAGAGGCGGAGGGAGAAGACGACCAAGAGAGAUACCAAGAGGUCGAUACCCCUUACUGUAUGAGUCCACAUAGUCAAGGAUCUCAGGAGUCUCUUGAGGAAGAAAAGGUCUGCACACCCAUCACUGAGGAAGAGGCGUACGAAGCGCAGCAGGAGAGAGAAGAGGCCAAGCAGCAGGGGGGAGCAGGCAAAGUGGAGGAGGUAGAGGUGGAGGAUGAGGAUGAGGAGGAGGAUGAGGAGGAGGAGGAGGAGGUUGAGGACCAAUGCUCCAGCAAAGCCUCUCCGGCCACAGUGGUGAUAGAGGUACGCUCUGAAGAGGAGGAGGAGGAGGAGGAUGAAGAAGAAGAAGAAGAAGAAGAAGAAGAGGAAGAAGAAGAUGACCAUGAUUGUAUCUCAGAAGGCUCGGGGAUCACCGACGAUUCUGAGAACUGGGAUAUGACUCGAGGGAACCUGGGGCUGCUGGAGCAGGCUAUCGCUUUGAAGGCGGGUGAGGGGAAGGAGGAUCAGGAGGCUCAGAGCUCCCAAGACUACCAAUCGUACAACAGCCCCAGCAAAAGCUCAGAAGCUGUGGUCCGACGCAGCGCUCACUACAGCAAAGAGAAGAAGGAAGUGAAGUGUCCAACCCCUGGGUGUGAUGGGACAGGUCAUGUGACUGGACUGUACCCUCACCAUCGCAGUCUAUCCGGAUGUCCUCACAAGGACAGAAUUCCUCCAGAGAGUAAGAUCAACUCUGCUGUCCUGGCCAUGUAUGAGAACGUCUUGAAGUGUCCCACUCCUGGCUGCACAGGCCAAGGCCAUGUCAACAGUAACCGCAACACACACCGCAGUCUAUCCGGCUGCCCUAUUGCUGCAGCAACUAAGAUGAACAAGAACCAGGACAAGCAGGUCCAUCUUCAGGCUGCCGUCAGCGAACCAACAUCCAACUCCGACAGGGUGCUCAGGCCCAUGUGUUUUGUGAAACAGCUAGAGAUCCCUCAGUAUGGUAACUAUGGGCCCAACGCGGUCACCACCACACCACGAGCAAACCUGGCCAAAGAGUUAGAGAAAUACUCAAAGGUGUCUUUUGACUAUGCAAGCUUUGAUGUCCAGGUGUUUGGAAAACGUAUGCUUGUUCCAAAGACAACCACUGCUGAAACAUCACCCAAAGCCUUCAAAUCUAAAUCCUUCCCUAAGGCCUCUUCCCCAAGCGGGACAGGGUCAGGAGGCAUUUCGAACAGCACUUUGUCCUCUAAUGAGUAUGACUGCAGUCAAGACGCCGAGGCAGCCCAUAUGGCAGCAACGGCCAUCCUCAACCUGUCCACUCGCUGUUGGGAACGACCAGAGAACCUUAGCACCAAUUCCAGGGAGCCCUCCACUGAGGUGCCUGAUAUUGAAGUAGAUGAGAACGGCACCUUGGACCUCAGCAUCAAGAAAAGCAAGAGAGCGAGCAUGCAGUCUCCGGAGCCUUCGUCGUCCUCGUCGUCAUCUUCUCAACACACAAUAGGUGUGUUAUCUCAGGGCCACACUCAGCCUGAGUGGGAGGGGCCACUCGACUUUACGAAAUCAAGUGGAGUAAAGGAGGAGGGCCAUGAUGAGGUGGAUUAUACAGCGACUUCAUACACCUCUUCUGAUGUUGAGGAUGAGGACCAGGAGAACUUGGAGAACCUGGAGGAGAGGAAGUACCCUGGGGAAGUUACCACCAGCAGUUUCAAGGUCAAGUUUCAGCCCAAAGACAGCAAAAAGGAGAUCCUUGUAUGUCCCACUCCAGGCUGUGAUGGCAGUGGACAUAUCACUGGCAACUACGCAUCACAUCGAAGUCUGUCAGGCUGUCCUCUUGCAGAUAAAUCACUACGGACACUCAUGGCUGCCCACACAGCUGAACUUAAGUGUCCAACUCCUGGUUGUGAUGGAUCAGGCCAUAUCACAGGAAACUAUGCUUCACAUAGAAGUCUGUCCGGAUGCCCGAGAGCCAAAAAAGGUGGAGUCAAAUCAAACCCCACAAAGGACGACAAAGACGACUCUGAGUUGUUGAGGUGUCCUGUCCCUGGCUGUGACAGUCUUGGGCAUAUUAGUGGGAAGUAUGCCACCCACCGCAGUGCUUACGGCUGUCCGCUGGCAGCGCGUCGACAGAAGGAGGGUCUUCUUAAUGGCGCUCCGUUCUCCUGGAAGACGUUCAAGAGCGAGGGCCCGACCUGUCCAACGCCUGGCUGCGACGGGUCUGGUCAUGCGAAUGGGAGUUUUCUGACACACCGCAGUCUGUCAGGUUGUCCCAGAGCACUGGCCAGUAAGAAGAAAGCCAAGUUCCCUGGAGACGAGUACAUCACUGCCAAAUUCCGAGCUAGUGAUGUUCUGGAUAAUGAUGAAGAUAUCAAGCAGCUCAAUGAGGAGAUCAACGAUCUGAAUGAGUCAAAUUCAGAGAUGGAGGCUGACAUGGUGAACCUCCACACUCAGAUCUCGUCCAUGGAGAAGAACCUGAAGAGCAUGGAGGACGAAAACCAGCAAAUUGAAGAGAAGAAUGAGGCCUUGUUUCUGGAGUUGUCAGGGCUGAGUCAGGCUCUGAUGCAUAGCCUGGCCAACAUCCGUCUGCCAACCAUGCAGGAGCAGUUAUCGGAGCAAAACCUUGACAGCUACGUGGAGACCCUCACUCACAUGUUCACCAAUAAGGACUGCUACCAGAACCCUGAGAACCGGGCUCUGCUUGAAUCUAUUAACCAGGCGGUCAAGGGAAUAGAGGUGUGAGAGAUCCAAGGAAGAUCCAGACGUCCCCCAGAGAUAGUGUUAGUAAAGGAACCUUCUCAUUUGAAACAUUGCCAUCUGUUCUUUGUAUAUUUCUUUGUUGUGUAUAGUUUUCCUGUUUGCAUGUUGCUUUAGGACAAUGAGAGUGGGAACACACGAGAGGAUGAUGGCACACUGCAGUCAAACUGCUACGGUGAUGACAGUGAGGUGUGUAGCAGAACAUAUCCUGUCCACUCUAUAAUGUUAGUAGUAUUCUGUAAAAUCAUAGUGACGUUCCACCUGCUGGACUAGUCUUUUCUAUAUUCAUUGGUACUAUGGCUGUGUAACUAUUUGUCAUUUGCAAAUGUUGGGUUCAUUAUGGAAUAUUUAUUCAUGCUGCGCGUAUUAUCAUGUUUGUCUACUAUUUACUAAAGUCCCUGUAAAGUGAAAAUAAGUGUCUUAUAAAUUUGACACACCACAGUGUCAACUAGCCUGCCAAAUUUGAAUGAAUACAAAAAUUUAGCAUAUUAAAUUAGACUUCAAAAUCAUGAAAAAUAGAGACCUUUUCUCAGAUGUUAUGGGCGUGUCCACUGAAUGCGCUGUAACAACACCUGCUCAACUCCUAAUCAAAUACUUUCGUAUGUCUAGCAUCUUUCUUAUGCCGUCGCAUCCCCUACAUGUUUGAGCCACGAAAUAUAUUAAAUCCUGUGGUGGCUGGAAUAUAUCUCAUUGAGUCGUCGCAGGUCGUUUCCACGCCGCAACGAGAGGAACUAGCCACCAGCUAGCUCGUGUGCUAACAGGCUUCCGGGUGCAGGCUUUAUCCAAUAAGUUACGGCCUCGCUUGGUGUUGUGUCGGUGUGGAGGUCCACAUAACAGACACUUAAGGGAAAGUUAACAGUUUAGCUAUCUAGCUAACUGCACGCUGUAGUGGUAGAAAUGGGCCAAGUAACUCGCAAUUGCACCGGAUAGCAUAGGCCCUCAGUUGUUAUAUAGUGGGGGUGGGGGAGCGACUCAUGCUGGAUGCCCAAGUGUGUCACUGGGCUCCGUUUUAGCCACACCCAAAAAAACAACAACAAAAAAUCAGGAAAACAAAUGUUGAAAAACAGUUUACUUAACGCUUUAUCUCCACAAUUGAGUACUAUACAGUUCUCAGUCUUUGCACGUUUUCAACAGUUAUUUUCAAACAAAUGUCUGAAUUAGUAACAAAUUUCCUAAAUUCACAUUACAGGGUCUUUAACUAUUUAUUCACUAUUUAUUUUUGUGUUACUUGAGAUUUGAAACCAGAAGACUAAACAUGAGAAGGAAAACACUUUCCUCUGCACUGAUGAACAAAGGAAAUAUUUUAAGAUAUCAACUAUGAAUUAUUUUCUAAAGUUAUUUAUUUAAAAUACUGCAAUCUUUUUACAGUAAAUGCAAACAUUUUGUAUAUGAAAGUUUUGAAAUAAUUUACUAAUGACUUAUUUAUCGAUUUAUUUAUUGGUGCUUGUUUUUAUGAUUUUGACAACUAAUACGUGUUGGAGUACUUUGCAAUUCACUGAGAAUACUGAAGUGCACAGAUAUGUUGAUGAACAAAGUGAUGUGUGAAACAAAGUGAUCGUGAAUAUUUAGUUUUGUGUGAUGAUGACUGUGUGGAUUCUCUUUGCUAGUUCUUCAAAUAAACAUUGACCAACAUUUUG